CAUAACACGAGUAACCGCGGCAUGCAGCGGACGUGUUGAUCGCUCUACCUACCUACUUAUAUAAACAAAUACGAGUUCCUAUAAAAAGUUUUACUGUAGAAAAUAUCCUAUUGAAUUAAGUGUUGUUAAUAUGAAGUCGUUGUGAAGUGGUUUUUAUUGGGAUUGACUUCUAAUCUCUUGUACAAUAAAUAUGCCGUUUAUCGAGAUAGCAUUUCAAGCUGAAAUAAGUAGAUACGAGGAUCCGGAAUUCGCAGAAUAUGCAAAACGACACUGUAACGAAGAUCCGGACACCAGGGGCAAAGCAAUCGAGGAGUUACGUAGACUUAUCCGGGAGCGAGGAGAAUGCAAUCCACGGCGAAUAGAUGAUGCCUAUUUACUACGGUUUCUUAGAUGUCGGCGGUUCAUUCCUGCGCUAGCACAUAAAUUGAUGGUUCGCUACGAAGAGUUUCGUCGCCAGAACGCAUACCUGUAUGACUGCGACCCCUUCAAGCUAACCACAGCGGAAGAAGUCUACGCUGGGGUACUGCCAGAGAGCCCAGAUAACGGACGCAUCAUACUAAUGAGGUUUGGUCAAUGGGAUGUAGACACAGUCCCAAUAGAAGACUUGGUUCGCUAUGCUCUAAUUAUGGAUGAAAUUGCAAUGAUGCAGCCGAAGCUGCAGAUCCUGGGAGUCACCAUCGUAGUGGACUUGGAUGGACUCAACUUGAGGCAGGUCACGCAACUGACUCCGACCGUGGCAGGACAGAUCGUUAGCUUAAUGGGGGUGAACUUCCCACUGGCAAACCACUGCCUUCACAUAGUCCGUUACAACUGGCUUCUUCAUUCCAUCUUCUACCUCUUCAAGCAAUUUAUGCCUCAAGCUGUCUGGAGCCGCAUACAUUUCCAUGGCAACGACGUGACUUCUCUUCAUAAGCAUAUUGACCCAGAAUAUCUACCUCCAGAGUUGGGAGGCCGGUGUCGCCAUGUGAUAUCCACCGUUCAUUGGAUCUCAAAAAUAAAUGAGUACAAAGACGAUUUUCUAGUGAAAGAACUUAAAGAAUUGGGAUUUAAGGUUAAAAGUUGAUGAAGUAUCUACCUAUUAAUAAAAUUUAUUUUUGUUUG